UUGAAUCGCGAUUCCCGCUAGGCUCUCGGUUAUCUAACUUGACUAGUGCAACGAUCUUGUGACAAGUCUAAAAUUCUUUGUUGGUCUGCGAGGAUCCACAUCUCUUUGGUUUUUGUUCAAUAAGCAUACUUCCUGGAACAACAUGCCUAAGAUAAAGACGAGCCGUGUGAAGUACCCUGAAGGAUGGGAGCUUAUUGAACCAACUCUCCGUGAUUUGGAAGCCAAAAUGAGAGAAGCUGAGAAUGAUACACAUGAUGGGAAGAGGAAGUGUGAGGCCCUCUGGCCAAUCUUCCGCAUUUCUCAUCAAAAGAGCCGCUACAUAUAUGAUCUCUACUACCGAAGGAAGGAAAUCAAAAAGGAGUUAUAUGAGUUUUGCUUGGACCAAGGUUAUGCAGACAAAAAUCUGAUUGCUAAAUGGAAAAAGCCAGGUUAUGAGCGCCUUUGUUGCCUCCGUUGUAUACAGACACGAGACCACAACUUCGCAACCACUUGUGUCUGCCGGGUCCCCAAGCACCUCAGGGAAGAAAAGGUGAUAGAGUGCGUCCAUUGCGGCUGCAAGGGGUGCGCCAGCGGAGACUGAAGUCAGCCAACUCGCGGUUGAGAAUAAUCCGAAACUAAUCGCUCGAGGAUGUUGUUUGAUUUGAUCCCUGGUGAAAACAAGUAUCGCAUUACCAGGUUGAUCCGUGCAAUUUGUGUAUUGUAAACUCUUGGGCGGGGCAUUACCAGGUUGAUCCGUGCAAUUUGUGUAUUGUAAACUCUUGGGCGGGUGGUACGUUUGUAAUGUAAGACCCAGUUCUCCGACCUGGAAACUCGUAAAACUAUACUGAUAACAUGCUACCCUGAUCUUCCAUAAUGGAUACUGUACUUUGUAUUGUUA